GCCGCGCCGCGCAGUGCAGAACUGCGCAGGUGCACUGUGCAGAGUGCCCGAGACACACGACGCGUCAUUCUGUUCCGCUCCCCCUUCAUUUCCGCGUCCGCUGCUUUGGCUUCGCCUCGCGGUCGCCCAGUCGCAGCAGCAACACCGCCCCCGGCCUCGCUUUGCAGCCCCCUCCCUCCACCGCCUCCUCCACGCCCUAGCGCUCCGGCCCCCGCCCCGAGCUCGUCGUGGCCGGCUGCGCUGCGGUGCCCGCACCUGUGGGGGCGUGCGGGCCGGUGGUGAAACGACCCGCGACCUCGGUGCCUCUCGACGUCUGCCCGCUUCCUCGCCGGCGCCAUUUUGUUCGUCUAAAUCCCCUGUGAUAAGCACCACUGCUCGUGAUGCAUUCUUCGGAAAAUAAACUGGGUUGGAAUGAGACCUCUAUGGGGUUGGUUCCUGUACCAAAAAGACCAGCUAGACCUGAUGCUUCCCACCAAUGCAAAUCUGAUUCCUUUAUGAAGCGAUCACCAAGGAAAGUUAGAAAUGCUACUCUGGCAAAAAGCAUAAAGAGCAAAUACCACUAUAGUCCCCUCAAACAGCGGAAGGGUUCAGAUUCUGUUCCUGGGAAAAUCGUAACAGGACUAACCGCAAGGAAAAAGAAGAAAAGGAAAAUCCAAAUUACAGACGAGGCAACUCGUUUGGAACGAAGAGCGAGAUAUUUUCUAAUCAAGAUAAAACUGGAGCAGAAUUUGCUAGAUGCUUACUCUGGAGAUGGAUGGAAUGGGCAAAGCCGAGAGAAAAUAAAGCCAGAGAAGGAACUGCAACGUGCCAGGAAACAAAUCAUAAAAUGCAAAAUUGCUAUACGUGAUAUCAUCCGCCAACUUGAUUUGUAUACUUCUACUGGGAGUGUUGAUGACCCACUAAUGCCUACAGAUCAGUCCACCAAUCCCGAACAUACCAUGUGCUCAACAUGCAAGUCUCAUGAAUCAUUUCCCAGCAAUAAAAUUAUCUUCUGCAAAGGGCCCUGCAAAAGGGCAUGUCAUGAGAAAUGUUUGGAACCUCCCUUAAACAAAAGCGUACUUCCAACAAGUAGCCAUGGGUGGCUUUGCAAAUUCUGUUUGUGCAAGGUGAGGAUUUUAGAAACUAUUAAUGCACAUCUAGGGACGAGUUUUACAGUGAAGUGCCACUUUGAAGAUAUAUUCAAGGAAACUACUGAACUAAUAGACUCUGAGGAUGCACUAGAUGAAGAUUGGCUUUCUGAGUAUUCAGGUGAUGAGGACUAUGAUCCUGAUGAAAAUGAGGCCAGUGGCGACUGUAUGGACAGCGGGGAGAAGAUUAUGUCUGAUGAUUCCAAUGGUUCAGGAAGCCCCCUUUAUUCUCCAAAUGACGAUAUUCCUGACUUCAUAUCAGCAGACUUAAAUGUUGUGGAAGGGUUUUGUCAUACCAAUUUAGAUUUAGGCAUUGAUGCCGUUGAAGAUGAUUUUGCACAGAUCCUCACCUACCAAAGGCCAAGAAGAGAUGUUGAUUAUAGAAGGCUUAACGAGGAAAUGUUUGGGAAAAUAACCGGGAAUGAAGAACAGAGCGAGGACGAAGAUUGGGGCCAUGAAAGGAGAAAGAAAAGGACACAUUCAGGUGUUGCUGGGGAUAAUUCUGUUGGUUUCUUGAACGUUAUAUCUGAUGAAAAGAGCCAGAAGAAGGGGAGAAAACUUUUCAGGAUUCCUCCUGCAGCUGUUGAGGUACUUCGCAGAGCUUUUGCUGAAAAUGAGCUUCCACCCCGGGAUGUUAAAGAAAAUCUCUCAAGAGAAUUGGGAAUUUCUUUUGAAAAGAUUGAUAAAUGGUUCAAAAAUACACGGUGUGCUGCUCUCAGAGAUCGGAAGGCUGAAGGAAACAGUCAUAAUACAGCUCCCAGCAAAAGCUCAAAAAAUAAAGGAAAAGCUGGAAUCUCAGGCAAGACUGGAAGGAAUGGUCAUGUUACUGGUCCCUGCAAUAAUUUGAGAACAAAUGAAGAAAAAACAGGUAUAUCGGGGAAGUUUGAUUCAGGAGACAACUCUUGUUUGGUUCCCUUCUCUGAAGUCAUCAAUGUGCCUACGCGAUUGCCACACAACUUUGAGAUGAGGAAGAUGGAAUCAACUAGAAGUCCUGCGAGGCUACACAAUAAAGGAGGGUUCCUGUCUGCAACAGUCCAAAUUAAGGAGAGUACGUUGUUACCCACAGGCAAGCCUUGUUGGCAGUCAGAAAUGAGCCAUCCAACAACUAAUGAAGUGAGCACUUCAGCGCAAGCUACUACUUGGAUCGACGCGGGGGCGUGUGCCGAGGAGCAAGAACCUACUCCUUGGGUGGACAUCGGGGUCUCAGACUACCAGCCUUUCCUGGAUGUGAUCGACGACAUGUGCGGACUUGAGUGGAGGCUGCAGAGACUGAAGGAGAACAUGCUCUCAUCUAGCAUAGACGGCCAAACCGCCGCCAGUGAGAGUGACAAAAGAAACCAGACCGUGGUGCUAGUGCCAACCGCCGAGCUCAAGGAAAAGCUGCCGCAUGACGGUUUAUUCGGGCAUUAUUGCCCAUAGGUCUUAUAUACAUAGCGGAUAAACUGUACAGAGAACCAAGAAGAAGAAGAAAACAAAAGGGAAACAGCAAACAGACAGGUGCCCGCUUACAUACCGGUCCAUACUGUCAGGCACUACUCUCCUUUCUUGGGCCUCGACACGACUAAUACUGUGCUAGUCCAGAACAGAUGAGCCAUAGCCAUUACCUGUGUGCCUCCCAGGUUCAGUUCAUAUGUUGUAUGUAUUAAUGUAUAUCAGAAGAGUCGUGCUUAGUAGUAGCAAGAACCUAGUCCUGAUCCAGACCGUGAAUCUGGAUCAUCUUGUCCUGUGGUUGUACCGUGCAGAACAGACAGAUGUCGGCUAGUCGUUUGGUUCUGAAGUAAGAAACUAUAAGCAUGCGUGAUUUUGGCC